AAAAAACGCAGCUUCACAUAUAUAUUCUCCAAAACAAAGAAGAGGACAUUUCUAGGGUUUUUUCGGCCAUGGCUUGUGAUGCCGAUUCCUUCCAAAUCCGAGAUUCGACGGAGUUCGAUUCUCCACUACCAAAUGAGCCGACGGUAGAGAAAGAUGCAGAGACAGAGGUAAAGGCAGAGCCUCCGCCAGGUUUCUUCUUCGCCGGCGAAAGACUACUCCCACUAGGCAGCUUAAAGGAUCCCGAGUAUAGGAGACAGUGCGAUAUCUUCUACGACCAGUUUCAAAAAAGCGAGGGGUUUGAUGUGGACUGGGACAACUUGGAUUACAAGUUCUUUGCCUUCAAUUUUGCCUGGGAACAACAUUAUCAUCCACCUCAGAGGAAGGAAGAGUUGCUCAAACUGCUUACACAGACAGCCAUUGACGUAUACAACAACGAAUCUGGAAGCAAAAUUGAGUUUGUGGAGCAUGUGAGUGCAAAUACAGCGCCAUGUAGAGGUAUUAUGUAUUAUAUAACAUUUUCUGCGAAAGAUGUUUCAUCACCAGAUUCAGUACCUAAACGGUACCAAGCAAAGGUGGAGCUAUGUGGUGAUGAGAUUUCAGUCGCUAUGGUCAGGCUAAGGCCAACACAAGACUGAUUGCUGGUGACUCCGGCUUCACCGUCUUGGACUCGUUUUUAUAAAAAUUUAUUUGAUGUAUUUCAUGUAAUCUCUUAAUUACCAGUAAAUGUUUGAUGCUCUGUAAACAUUAACAUCUUUACUUAAAUAUGUUUAUCUAAAUCA